AUGGCAACUGCUUCGGCUUUCGAUUCUUCUCCUCUAUCAGAUCUUGAGGUUGAUCCUCAGUUAGUCUUGAAGGAUGCAAUCUCAGUUAUCGAUCUGGUACCCAGCUGGUCUCCCGGAAGUACCUAUUCUUACAAAUUAAAGAACAAACAGAAAUCGGCAAUUGAUGUAGCUACAUUCAGUACGAAAUUGUAUGGAAAUGUGCACUGGAGUGCAAGGAAUACCAACCUUGGAAAAACAUUCAGUGCAGACCAAUUGCAGAACUUCAAGUCUUACUUCGAUAAGUAUUUGAUUGGCUCGUUCGACUUGGAAUCAGCACUGACUCAUACGCAUUAUGAAAAGGAAUAUAUCCAUGAAAUUGAAAGUAUUAGAGUUGAGCCUGUUUCCUUAGGUACAGAAUACAUUGUACCUAAAGGAUUUGAAUGUUUUGCUUAUACGAUCCAAGCCAUAUAUAAGCUACAAUUCCCAUUGAAAAGAAGAAAUUUCUUUGAAUUGGUUCUAGUUUAUAAGUCAGAUACUGUAUCUUAUGUAGUUUCAAUCCCAAUACAGCCAAAGCUUUUCAAGGAACCAAACUAUUCCGAUUCAUAUGCCAUAUUAGCAAAGUACACUUCCAUUGAAAAAGUUGAGUACAACUCUGAUUCCUCCAUCAAAUGGACUAUGUGUACUUGCUCUAGCCCCGGUGGUAACAUUCCUGACUUCGUAGCCAAUCUAUCCAUGAAUAAGGUCAUAUCUAGAGACGUUCCGAGUUUCUUAGAUUGGGCAGCAUCCCAGGAAGGCACGAAUGAUAAGAACUAG